GGAGGCAGUUUUACUGGUUUCAUGUCGCCCUCCAAAUGGGAACUCCUCCGACGCAGCGAUGCGGAGUCCCUCACGCGCGAGUGCUUCUCCGAGGCUCGUGCGGCAUACCGGCGGAAGGGCGGGGUGGCGCCACUGCAGGUUGAGCAGCACCUGAAGCUGGCUCGCCUGCUGGCGGGUCUGCGCGGCCUGUCCGCCCGGCGGGAGGUGUGCGAGCUGGUGGGGUGGGUGAGCGAGCAGCUGCCCGGGCUGCCGGGGGUGGAGGACAGGCUGGUGGCCACCGUGGAGUGCGCGCAGGUGCUGGGUCUGGUGGGGUGUCGCCGCAAGCGCACACUGCUGCUGUGGCACGCGUUAGAAGCCGCUCGG